AUGAAGACUAUACUGUUGAUGAUCCUGUCCACUUUGGCUGUGGCUAGUGCUGAAUUGAUCAAUAUCGAUUGGUCCCAGGUUAAACCGAUCGAAGAGUUUGACCAUUAUUGGGCUCGGAUUCCGAAGGAAUGGCAGUUCCUACGCAAACUGACACCAUCGCGCAGAAUUACCGGUGGAUGGGCGGCAGCUCCGGGUCAGUUCCCGUAUCAAAUUGCGCUGCUAAGUCAUUUUGCCGGUGCUACAGGUCUCUGCGGUGCAACAGUUUUGACCGACUAUUACAUCCUGACUGCUGCCCAUUGCGUCCAGAACGCUCAGGGAGGAAUUGCUAUUAUCGGAGCUCAUGACCGUACUGCUAACGAACCUUCUCAACAAUUUCUCCCAUUCGAAGCCAGCGGGAUCAGAAUCCAUGAAGGAUAUAUUCCGACCAACAUGAGGAACGACAUUGCCGUUGUACGAAUGAAUAGCCUCAUCAUUUUCAGCAAUCGUAUCCAGCCGGUUCGUAUUCCCAAUUCGAUCGAUACCAGGGAUUUCGCCGGACUAACCGGAACGGUGUCCGGAUUUGGACGUACUUCUGAUUCAAGCACGGCUGAAUCUGCUGUAAUUAGAUUUGCUAGCAACCCCAUCAUGGCCGAAGCGGACUGUUUGGCGCGUUGGGACAACAAUGCCAACAUCAUCCAGCCGCAGAAUAUUUGUCUCUCCGGCGAGGGCGGCCGCUCGCCUUGCAAUGGAGAUUCCGGUGGUCCAUUAACCGUUGCUGAGGAUGGCCGCUCUCUGCAAGUCGGAAUCAUUUCGUUCGGAUCGGCCGCUGGCUGCUCGAUUGGAAUGCCAUCGGUUCAUGUGCGCAUUACACACUUCCGUCAGUGGAUCGUUGACAAUUCCGAUUUGGUGUGA